CAGCCCUCCCUUCCCACGCCCCACUGCGCUGUGGGAUAGUGGCACUAUAAAGUAUAUCCUCUCUCGGCGAAAGAUAAGAAGCCCGAGACAGGAGGGGGAUGAAGAUGGCGGACGCCAAGCAGAAGCGGAAUGAACAGUUAAAGCGAUGGCUUGGCUCGGAAACGGACCAGGAGCCUCCUGUUUUGAAAAAGAAAAAGACGAAGGUGAAGUUCGAUGAUGGCGCCGUGUUUCUGGCCGCCUGUUCGAGCGGCGAUACCGAGGAGGUGCUCCGAAUGCUUGACCGGGGCGCUGACAUCAACUACGCCAAUGUAGACGGUCUCACCGCCCUCCACCAGGCAUGCAUAGAUGACAAUGUCGACAUGGUGACUUUCCUGGUGGAGCAUGGAGCCUGCAUCAACCAGCCUGAUAACGAGGGCUGGAUCCCACUCCACGCUGCAGCUUCCUGUGGAUACCUAGACAUAGCAGAGUAUCUCAUCAGCCAGGGUGCCAGUGUAGGAGUUGUAAACAGUGAGGGCGAGACGCCUCUGGACAUUGCCGAAGAGGAGGCAAUGGAGGAGCUCCUGCAGAAUGAGAUCAACCGGCAAGGGGUUGAUAUCGAGGCAGCCCGGAAAGAGGAGGAGCGCAUCAUGCUGAGGGAUGCCCGGCAGUGGCUCAACAGCGGCCAGAUCCAAGACGUGCGGCAUACGAAAUCUGGAGGAACGGCGCUCCAUGUAGCCGCCGCGAAGGGAUACGUCGAGGUUUUAAAGCUUUUAAUCCAAGCAGGGUAUGAUGUAAAUAUUAAGGACUAUGAUGGCUGGACUCCUCUACAUGCAGCAGCACACUGGGGCAAAGAGGAGGCCUGUAGGAUACUGGUUGAGAAUCUAUGUGACAUGGACAUCAUAAAUAAAAUGGGUCAGACUGCUUUUGAUGUAGCAGAUGAAGAUGUUCUGGGAUACUUAGAAGAACUACAGAAGAAACAAAAUCUGCUGAGAAGUGAGAAGAAAGAUGUUAAGAAAUCUCCUCUGAUUGAAACAACCACCACUGGGGACAACAAUCAAUCACUGAAGCCAAUCAAGAGCAAAGAAACGCUGCUUCUGGAGCCCGAGAAGAGCGCUCCUCGCAUCGAGACCUUAGAGCCAGAGAAAGUGGACGAAGAAGAGGAGGGUAAGAAGGAUGAAUCAAGCUGCUCUAGUGAAGAAGAGGAGGAAGAAGAUUCAGAAUCAGAGACUGAAGCAGCAGAAAAGAGCAAGCCCUCAGCAGCAGUGAGCAACAGCACAACACCAACCAGCGUCACGGUGUCCUCUCCAACUAGCCCAACUAACCAGGUGACGACCCCCACUUCACCAGUUAAAAAGUUUGAAUGUAUUACUCCCCUCAUGCCUGUGGCGGAGCCAGGCUGUCCUGCAUUGUGGCGUCAAGGUUUGCGCAAAACUGGCAUUUCUCUAGUGCCCAAAAAACUUAUGGUCACUCAGCCUGCUGGAAAGGUCUCAACUAAAGUGGAGGAGGAGAGGAAGGAUGAGUCUCCAGCGUCCUGGCGUUUGGGUUUGAGGAAGACGGGCAGCUAUGGAGCGCUGGCCGAGAUCACUGCCACCAAGGAGGCACAGAGGGAGAAGGAUACCACUGGGGUUAUGCGUUCGGCCUCGAGCCCUCGCCUUUCCACAUCUCUGGACAACAAAGACAAGGAGAAGGAAAAGGAUAAAGGAACCCGGCUUGCCUAUGUGGCUCCAACCAUUCCCAGGAGACUGGCCAGUACUUCGGACAUUGACGAGAAGGAAAACAGGGACUCCACUGCUCUGAUACGUAGCGGCUCCUACACCCGGCGACGCUGGGAUGACGACCUGAAGAACAGUGAAGGAAGUGCCUCCACCAUCCGAACCCCCAGCUACCAGCGCAGCACUUCCCAUACGCUAGCGCUAGGGCGGAGCGGCAGCACGCGGGACGUGCCAGCCAAGUCUUCGUCAACCUCCAACUUGGACCCUAACACCUGUAAUACUAAACCUUGGCAGCCACCCACCUCCCACUACCCGUCUUACAGCAUUUACCGCAGCGGCUCAUUCGGCAGACGACACGAGGACUUGGGCUCCUCGACCACUUCCUCCGCCACGACCACCUCCACCUCCUCAUCUGUUACCUCGCCCACGGGCCAUCGUGGCCUGUACUCAAGCCUGGGCUCCUCCUCCACUCGCACUGGCUCCACCAGUCUCACCAGCAGGUACUGGUCAGAGGAGAGUGCAGAGAGGGAGAAGGAGAAGGAGUCGGCUGCUGUCGUCCCCACUAUAAACACUGGCUCUACUACGACCACCACGUCUACCACCACUACCACUGGCACUGGCACCGAAAGACGCAGAUCAUACUUGACUCCAAAGCGAGAUGAGGAGUCGGAGUCUCAGAGGAAAGCUCGCUCCAGACAGGCUCGACAGUCAAGGAGGUCCACCCAGGGUGUGACUCUGACUGAUUUACAAGAGGCUGAGAAAACAAUCGGCAGGAGUCGUACCACAAAGACUCGGGAGGAGGAGAAGGAGGAGAAAGAGAAGCAGGACAAGGAAAAGCAAGAGGAGAAGAAGGAGACUGAGACGAAGGACGAUGAUUACCGAUACAAGUACCGCACCUACGAUGAGCGGUCAAGGCCUUCAUCUUCUUCCACCUCCACCAUUUCCUCAGUCAGCACUGCCUCCACCCCUUCCUACUCUAGCACCACGUCCUCCAGUUCUAGCUCCCUCAACAGGCCUAACAGUCUGACGGGGAUAACCUCCUCCUAUAGCCGUUCCUCCAGAGAUACAGAAAAGGCAGAAGCAGACAAGAAGGAGGAGGAAAAGGAGGGAGAGGACAAGUCUCAGCCCCGCUCCAUACGGGAUCGCAGGCGGCCCCGCGAAAAGAGACGUUCCACUGGGGUGUCCUUCUGGAGUCAGGAUGGUGAUGAAAAUGACCCCGAUCAACAGUCGGACUCGGAGGAGGGCAACGCCAAGGGAGAGCCACAGAGUGACCGAUUGUUCAGGAAUGAGAGCACUUCAUCCUUAGAGCGUAAUGACACUCUUUUUACCCGUAGCUACGGUGAAAGUCGAAGGCCGUAUUCUAGCCGACUGGAUAAAGAUGACGCCACUGACUACAAGAAGCUCUACGAGCAAACAUUAGCUGACAACGAGAAGUUGAAGGCUCAGUUACGUGACACAGACCUGGAGCUGGCAGACUUGAAGUUACAACUAGAGAAGGCCACACAGAGGCAGGAACGCUACGCUGACCGAUCACAGCUUGAGAUGGAGAAAAGGGAAAGAAGAGCUCUAGAAAGGAAGAUUUCUGAGAUGGAGGAGGAACUUAAGAACCUCCCCCAGAUGCUCCCAGACUUGAAAGCAGACAACCAGAGACUAAAGGACGAGAACGGAGCGCUCAUUCGAGUCAUUAGCAAGCUUUCCAAGUAGAACAGACCCCACCCGCCCCAUCUUCUGCACCCCCCUAGUCCCCCAUGGCAGUGACUAAUGGAAUUGCACAUUUAGAUAUUAAUUGCAACAGACAUCGGAGGCAAGACUCCCUUUUUUUUUUUUUUUUUUUUUUUUUUUUUUUUUGGGUUUUUUCCCCCUCUCCCAUUGUUUUUCUCCCGACUCUUAAUCGCCCUUUUGCUCCUUCACCACUGCAGCAUCCACCCAUCAUGUUCAUCCAUCCCUCCCCUCCCCAUGCACCUCCUCGAAUUGAACCCACUAGAUUGUGUGGCUGCUGUCCUGAUAGAACCACUGAGUUUACAGAGCAAAAGGAAGGUGUGUGUGUGUGUGUGUGUGUGUGUGUGUGCGCGCGUGUGUGAGAUCAGCAUGUAAAAGCAUUGUGGGCGGGGAAGCCUGAAAACUAUUUAACCAGUAAGCCUUAGUUGUACAUAAAGAGAAAAAGAAACACACUUGCAUCGGUCUCUUCUGUCUCGCUCCUCCGCCCACUCCGGGCUAUCUCUGAAGAACAGAUAUUAUCCACCACCUGAUUUUAUUUGUGCCACAAUCUCUUAUUUGAUGUAACAUUUCUUCCCGUGUACGUGUUGUGUGCUGUGCAGUCCCUCCACUUCCCCUCGAAACCCUCAAAGUGCCACUUCUGCCUAAUAUCAGCUCCUUGUGGCCCCAUCAUUUUUUUUUCUUUAUUUACCACCCCCCUUCUCCCCUUUCCACCCACAGAUCACUAAUGCACACACAGUUCUCCCACCCCCUCCAAAAAUUAUUAUUAUUUUUUUUCUUUUUUUGUACCUCUGCGUGUCUUCCUCCAAGAGGGAAAUUUUGGAUUCUCGCUUUAGCGACAUGAGGCGGACCUGGUGGAAUUUAAGCUUUCACUGUAUGUGCAAUAUGCAUUUUUUUCAUUUUCUUUUUUUAAAUGCUUUAAUGAUGACGAGUCCAUCACAAGUAGGAUUUUUCACUCUUCCACCACUCCCAUCGCUCACCUUCUCCCCCUCCCCUCCUUUUUUUUUUUUUUUUUUUUUUUUAGGUUUGUAGUGUAGUCAGUUUAUACUCUGUAUUUCUCACUUUGUUUUAGCAGGUACUGAGUGAUGCUGUAUAUACCUGUAUGUAUUUGUUUGAGACCAGCACAUGGCAUGCAUUUAUGGUUCCCGUCUGUUACUAUUAAAAAUUCCAGAGGACAAACAGGUGUGUUUUAAUUAUUAUUAUUAUUAUUAUAAUUAUUUUUUUUCCUUUAUAGACUAAAGACAUUGGAUACAAUACAGUAGAGCCUCUCUUGUUCACGGGACGGCUGGCAGUGUUCAGUGCUUUUGUUUUAAAAUAAGUGUUCGCACAAUUGUAAAAGUUGAAAAAAAAGAAAAAAAAGAAAGAGAAAUAAUCGCUUCACUACAUUUCACUUUCUUUGUAUUCAGUUUCUUGGAAGAGUGCUGUUAAUUUUGUUUCCAUUUUUUUUUUUUUUAAAGCUCUAGUAUUAUAGCCAAGGUGUUGUCACUUAAAAAAGGAAAAAAAAGUAUCUUAGGUAUUGCUAACCCAGUCCUUUCUACAAUGUCUACAUGCACUGUCAAUGCCAUGUGAGGAGUCUUGAUGUCAGGUUGAAGCAAAAUUGCCACCAUCAAAUAUUCCAUUCAUCUGAGAACAUUUUAUGCAUUUCAGUGGCCUUUUAAGGAUAUUUUAGUCAAAGAAUUUAAGACAAAGUCACUGCAGAUGGACUGACCAUCAACUUUUUUUUUUUCUUCUUUUGUUUUGUUUUGUUUUGGGGUUUUUUGUUUUUUGAUUUUUUCUUUUUUUUUUUCUCCCAUCAUCUUGUAAAAUAGGUGUGUGGCUUAAUACAUGCAAGUUGUGCUGUGACUACCAACCACUGAAGAGUUCAUUAAAAAUAAACUUGUACAUUGUAAA